CUUCUCUGACCCGCCCUUUUUCCCUGAAGACUUCCAUCGCUGAGCAUACUACUUCACGGCUCUGACGACGUAGCAAGGCGGCCUUGAUAUGCAAGAACCAAAGCUUCAUGCCGUGCAGAGCCGCACGGGUGCUGCUACACGAGCCGACGAGGAUCUCCUCGCGAGCUUGGGGUAUAAGCAGGAGUUUCAGAGAGAAUUCUCAGGCCUCGAGACGUUCGGUAUUGCGUUCAGUAUCAUCGGCCUGCUUCCCUCCAUCGCAUCUGUAUUAUUCUACUCGAUGCCAAAUGGCGGGCCUGCAGCCAUGGUCUGGGGUUGGGCGGUCGCAAGCAUCUUCAUCCUCUUCGUGGGCAUGUCUAUGGCUGAGCUCGCUUCCGCGGCUCCCACAUCCGGAGGUCUCUAUUUCUGGACACACUCGUUGUCUUCUCCACGAUGGCGAAACUUGUUAGCAUGGAUCGUCGGGUACGCGAACACCAUCGGUUCCAUUGCGUCGAUUGCAUCCAUCGACUGGGGGUGUGCGGUGCAGGUUAUGGCUGCUGCGACAAUUGGGUCUAAGGACCAGUCGUUCUCUGCCACUAACGGUCAGAUCUAUGGUGUGUACGCUUGUAUCAUCUUGUCACACGCUGUACUUUGUUGUCUCGGCACUCGGAUCCUGGCGCGCCUGCAAAGUGUCUAUGUCGGACUGAAUGUGCUCCUUUGCCUCGCGGUCAUCAUCGCCCUUCCCACAGCGACUCCCAAGGAAUUCCGCAACACAGCAAGCUUCGCUCUGGGCGACUUCACCAACCUGCACGGUUGGCCGAAUGGCUAUGCAUUCAUCUUGAGCUUCCUUGCUCCGCUUUGGACAAUCUGCUCCUUCGACUCGAGCGUCCACAUCAGCGAAGAGGCCUCGAACGCCGCCGUUGCUGUCCCCUGGGCUAUCGUCGGCGCUAUAGGAAUUGCAGGCAUUCUUGGAUGGGCUAUUAACGUCUCUCUCGCCUUCUGCAUGGGAACCGACAUAGAGGGUAUUUCGGGCAGUGCCCAGCCUAUGGCACAGAUUUUCUUCAACAGCUUCGGCCAGAAGGGAGCACUUGCCGUCUGGGCCUUCAUCGUCAUUACGCAGUACAUGAUGGGCUCGAGCAUGGUCCUCGCCGCCUCGCGUCAGUCCUUUGCCUUCGCUCGUGACGGUGCGCUGCCCUUCUCUGGGUUGCUUUACCGCAUGAACAAAUACACGAAGACACCCGUCAACACUGUGUGGUUCACCUGUGGCUUUGCGGCCCUGCUGGGACUUCUCGUCUUUGCAGGAGAACAGGCGAUUAACGCGAUCUUCUCAUUGUCGAUCGUAGCAUUGUACAUUGCUUAUGCUAUCCCAAUUGCCGCUCGUUUCCUCGGCCAGAACAACUUUCAGCCAGGCCCUUUCUCGCUUGGCAUAUUUGGCGCUCCUAUCGCAACCGCUAGCGUCCUCUGGAUGCUCUUCAUGGGGGUCGUUUUCCUCUUCCCGAUGACGCCCACCACCGACACGGCCGAUAUGAACUACACAUCUGUCGUCCUCUUCGGCACGCUCUUCUUGAGCUUGCUGUGGUAUUAUUGUCCUGUGUACGGCGGUGUGCACUGGUUCAAGGGCCCCGUACCAACAAUCGCGGAGGAUGCGCCAAGCGUAAGCGAUGCGACUGUUGACGAGAAAAAAGGCGCUACUAGAGUGGAGGCUCAAGCGGUGUAAAUGCCAAAUAUCUGCUAAGAUUGUGACGCGAGGGAUGCUUUACCUUAAGUAUCGCACUGUAAUAUUAGAUCGAAUGUACUCCUUAAAUCCGUCAUGCAUGGAUCGU